AUGGCUGAGGGACAAGGUGCAGCUGGGUAUUCAGGUGAAACUGCAGGUGUCCGUAACUACUUCUAUUACACUAAGGAAAAGGUGAGCUCAGACUGGAAAGACCUGGCCUUCCAUCUUGGGUUGGAACAACCCGACAUCGACAACAUCGAAGGGAGAAACCGAGAUGACAAGUCUCGCUGUAUGGACCUGUUGGAGGAAUGGCUGAAGCGUAACGGAGAGAGAGCCACCAUAGAGGUCCUGAUGGAGGCUCUGUCUGAGGCAAACCUGCAGAGUGUUGUGGAUGGUCUGAGGAAGAAACUUCAAGAAAUGCCCUUUCCAGUUCCAAGUCCAGAGUCUUCUUCAUUGACAGAUGUGUUCCAGAAGUCUGUGAAGAAGUACUAUGAGUUGAAACUGUCUCACUUCAAGCCUCUGAUCUGGAAUGACAACUUCACACUUACCCUCAGUGAUAUCUUCACCCAGUUAGAGUUGGUACCAACAAGUGAAAAACAGUUCAAAACAUCAGAACCCACCAGAAGGGGACAAAGGAAAGAACUGAAGUCAUUAGACGACUUGUUCAAGUCAGAUGUCACAGGACUGACCACAGCACCAAGGUGCAUUCUGAUUGAGGGUGACGCUGGAGGGGGGAAGACAACGUUUCUGUCCAAAGAAGCCCUAGAUGCCGUCUCACAUACAACAGAGCUGGGCAGAAGACACAGCACUGUCCUUUUUAUCCGACUCCGAGAGGUGAGAGAGGGGGAGACCAUAGAGGAGAUGGUGUGGGACCAGUGUGUUGAUGAAACAACCGAGGGUAUUGAUGUACAAUCCAUCAGAACAAUCCUAAAGAGAAACAAGUACCGUGUGCUGUUCAUCCUAGAUGGGUAUGAUGAGCUGCGGCCUGAGGCCAGGGCAGCCGGGCAGGCCAUUCCCAAACUGUUGUCUGGCAAGUUGUACCCCAACAGCACGAUUGUGAUCACCUCCCGACCCUCAGCAGGAGUGCAGCAGUACACCCGGCCAGACUGUCAUGUGCACAUCAUGGGCUUCUCUCCUGAACAUAUGGUGAAAUAUGUGAGGAAAUAUUUCAUUAGAGAUCCUGAGCUGGCAGAGGAUUUCAUUGGGAAAUAUUUUACAAUCAAUCCAUUCCUCAACCAGAAAACAUUUCUUAAUGAUCAGAAACUCAGCUUAAUCCAGAUUCCAAUGUUCCUGAUGUUGGUCUGUGUGUUGUGGGAGGAGGACCAAGAGAUGGUGUCUACAGGAACAAUGACGGGGCUGUAUGACAACCUGCUGACAUGUCUGGUCAGAAAGCACUGUGAGCGGGAAGGAGUGGACAUGCCAACAGAAGGGCUACCUGCAGAGGUUGCUGAGUCAUUACUGCAGUUUGGCAAGCUAGCACUAGAGGCACUACUCAGGAAUGAGACCCUGCUUGAUCUUACAGAAGUAGAGAAAGAAAAGGUGAAUUGGGAGUUGCUGUUAAAGCUGGGUGUGGUCUCCUUGGAGGUGUCUUCCUCUAAAUUGCAUCCUAGGAAACAGCUGAACUUUUCCCACAAGACCAUGCAAGAGUUUCUGGCCGGGCGUUAUGUUGCUCAUGCUCUGUUGAACCAACACAUUGUAGAGCUGCUGCAGCUCACCUCCAUAACCAAGGUGUUUGAAGUCAGUAACCUGCUUCAGUUCACGUGUGGCUGUGACUCACGGGCAGCACAAGCUGUGAUGGAGGAAUUGAGCAAGAUCAGCAGCAAAGAGUUCACACACUUGAGACCAGAUCAAUUUGAAUGUUCAAAUGUGCCAAAGGAUCAAGACUUGCAAAAGUCCUGCAAAACAUAUGAAGAGUUUGCAGCAUUGUGCCUAACUAUCCUUAGUGAGAGACAAGAACCAGAAGUGCUUCAGGGCAUCAGUCAGGCCCUCCCAAUUGUCAUGCUGAACAGCUCCAUUAACAGUAGGGAAGCCACAGGUCUGAAGUAUUACAUACAAAAUCUUCAUUCAGCAAACCUGCCAGACAGGCUCAUACUUAGGAUCGGUGGAUACACUGACAGCAGCUACGCAAUUCAGUACCUUCAGCAGUGUUUUACAGCUUCACUCCCUGGACUUAGAUUGGACUUAAAACUAUCAGGACAGUUUGACUCACCUGAUGAGACUGCCAGGCUGGUUUCAGUUCUGAAGAAUGUUCCUGGUCUGAGGGUGCUGGAUCUGUCAGGAACAGCCCUGUCACAUACAGGACUAACACCAUCAUCACUCCAGCCACUUGUGCAGGGGUUCAGCCACAUGUCUCUGUUAGAGGAGCUGGAUCUUACUUGGAACCAUGACCUUGGUGAUGCUGGGAUGGAAGUCCUGCAGGUUUUGCUGUCCAGUGUUCCACGUCUGGCUGUACUCCGUCUAAGGAGUGUCAGCAUGACAGCUGUGGGCAUGUCAUCCCUGGCUCCCUACAUGCACCACCUAGUGGGACUGAGAGUACUGGAUAUAACUGGUAAUAAGAUCGGUGACACUGGGCUGGAAUCUCUCACCACCGUCCUCCCCAUCUUCACAGCCAUGAUGGUGUUGGUCCUGAAGAGGAUCGGUAUCAGCCCCACAGGCAUGAGCACACUGGUCCCUGCACUGUGUCAGCUAACCAGACUGAUCAAACUGGACAUCAGUGGUAAUGCCAUAGGAGACCCUGGGCUGGAAUGCCUGGCUGCUAUCCUCCACAACCUCACAGCCAUGAAGGUGUUGAUUCUCAGGAGUACAGAUAUCAGUGACAGCGGAAUAUCAGCCCUGAUCAAAGCUGUGCCUCACCUGGUGCAAUUACAGGUGUUGAAUGUGAGUCUCAAUUACAUAGGGGACUCAGGGAUUGUCUCACUGGUGCAAACACUCUGCCAGCCCAGCAGUUUGGACAUGGAGCAAAACCCACCUGGUGACAAGAGUCUGACCACAGCCCCUCAUUAUAACACCACACUACAGGAGCUGUACAUUGGGGAGAAUGACGAAGUAACAGGAGCCGGACUGGGGAGGGUCGCACAGCUCAUCAGCGUACUGCCAGCACUGACCAGGCUGGACAUGUCUCGUCGCUGGGACACACCUGCACACCUGUCUGACACCGCUGCCAUGGCUCUGGCUGAGGCUCUACCCAGACUCCCUGCCCUGGAGCGGCUGGACCUGGAGCACAUCUCCAUGGAGCCUGCAGGGUUCCAGGCUGUGGUGCAGGCUGCUGAGGAACACCCUACACUGAAGUGGCUGUACUACACUGAGCGUCUAGUUCCUGAGGGAGCGGACACCACAGCCAGCUGCCUGGAUCUGUGGUAA